UGUUGUUGUUGUUGUUGUGGUGGUGGAACGGUCGCCUUUAUUUUGGGUGGCGGGUGGUUCGGGAGCGGGCGGAUUUCGGGGCCGUGGAGAGAAGGAGAGCGGGCGGUGGAACGAUGGAGUGAGGGCUGCGGCCUGUGGUGUAGGCCCCGCCGGCAGGGAGAGGCGGCUCAGAGCGGGUGAGGAUCAGCAUUGGGCCCAGGGGCUAGAGAUAAUCAGCAGGAUCUGAGACAGCGACAGACGUCAGUAACGUAUUUCCAACAUCCACAGUAUUUUGCUUUUGUAGAAGAGAACAUUCUUGAUUCCAGGAUAGAAAGCAACACAGAGUACACGUGAAGCACAUCAAACAUGCCCCUGGAGCCGGGUAAACCAUGUACAGAUGGUGAGGAGGAAAACCCUGAGAGUACAUGUCACAAUAGGCAGGAUGCCUCUGAAACUGAGAAUCAACAAACUCAACUGAGACGGAGUACUGAAAUCCCCCACAGUGGAGACAGUCUUCCAUCUGUUUCUCCCAACCUGGUUUCUGUGGAAGAGCUAAUUGAGGCAGAGAAAGGAGUCUGUAAUAUGGCUCUAGCCCAUGAGAUAGUGGUUGAUGAAAGUUUCGUAAUCAAACAGCGCGAUCUACCAGAGAGCAGUUUUGAGAAGACACUUGAAGACAUUAUGAAGAAGGCUUUCUGGGAUAGUUUGCGAGCACAGCUAAAUGAAGAUCCACCAGUUUAUGAUCAUGCUAUCAAGCUUCUAGGUGAGAUUAAAGAGAGUCUCUUGUCAUUCUUGCUGCCUGGUCAUACCAGGUUAAGAAAUCAAAUCAAUGAGGUUCUGGAUCUGGAACUCAUAAAGCAAGAGGCUGAGAAUGGCGCAUUGCACAUCCCAAAACUGGCUGACUUUAUCAUUGGGAUGAUGGGAACACUCUGUGCCCCUAUCAGAGAUGAUGAUAUCAAGAUCAUCAGGGAUAUCACAGAUGUGGUGGAAUUGUUCAGAGAGAUUUUUGCUGUGCUGGAUUUAAUGAAGCUUGACAUGGUGAAUUUUGCUAUUAGCAGCAUUCGACCACACUUAAUGAAACAGUCUGUUGAUUAUGAGCGAAAGAGUUUCCAGGAAUUCUUUGACAAACAACACGGUUCAUUAGACAUCACAACAGAAUGGUUACAAGAGGCAGCUAGUGAACUCCUGAGCUCUGACACAGAUGUUUCUGUGCAUGGUGGAGCUGCAGCUGAUGCCAAAGACAUUUCUACGUUGUGCCCUACCUCAGUGUUAAACCAUGCAUAUGUUAAAUUGCUGAAAUGGGAUCACACCAACAGACUCUUCCCAGAGCCUGUGCUGAUGGACCAAUCACGUUUCAAGGAGAUGCAACGGGAAUUGAAUCAACUGACCGUUACAGCGGCUGUCCUGCUGGUUAUAUACAACAUGACGGGUGCAGCCAUAUCAGGGCUAUUAGGAUUUCUGGACAGACUGAAGAGGGUUAUUAAAGUCUUAUUGACAGGCAUGCAUACGCUCUCCUUUCAUCUUGCUGAGGCUAUGGUCAGUAUGAGCGAGCAAAUCUGUGUAGAAGUAAAUAACUGCUUAUCUCAACAUGGUUUCUCACUGUUAACUACUGAGAAAGAGACAGUGUUAAAAGGUCAAAUCCAGGCAAUCUCUAGUUCAGAUAACUCUGUUCGCAAACUGAUAGAUGUACGCAUCCAGACUUUCCUGAAGAUGCACCUUACAUCAAGCAAUCCAAAAUCAGUUGCAGUCCCUGGAGGACUUGGUCCUGUUAGAAGUGAGCUGGAAGAAAUAACCAUCAAAUUUCUUCACCUUGUAAACUACAACAAGUUGGUCUUCAAUCCUUAUUAUGACACAAUCUUGACUAAAGUGCUCAAAAAGAAUGGCUCGCAGCUACCUGGGCUAAAUGAGGAGGAGCAACUAUCUUCGAGAUAAUUUCACUGGAAGCAUUGCACGUUUAAGCAACAGUGCCCUUUUAUUUAUAUUUCCCUCCACACACUUUAGAAAGAGCCAAGCUGGUUGGGGAGUGGUAUGAGUGCAAUAUGCAUUUGUUCCUAAAAUAGAAAGGAAGUGAUUCAAUGUUAAGACCCCUGCUCUUUCUGAUGUCGGGAAAACAUUUAAUCCUGCAUUAUAUUUGUAUUAAUUCUGGACCCCUGAAAUUUGCUUUCCAAGCUACAAAUAAAAGCCCAAUCAACAGAGCCACUUGAACAACCAGAUAUUAAAUACCAAGUGCCGUUUUGUUUGUCUGGUUUUUGAUAAGAAUGAAUUGGUUACAUUGUUUGGUUCCCAAAGGAUAAUUUGAUGUGAUGCAAAACUUUUCAAGAUGACAAUCUCUGAGACUGAUUUUAGAACAUGAAGGCCCCUUUACAAACUGCAGUAACCCACGUGUGCUUCUGAAGCCAUCAUAAGCCUUUGAUAUCUCUAGACUUGACUAUUCCAAUACACUCCUGGCAGGUCUUCCAAUUUCCACCCUCCAUAAACUUAAGUUCAUCUAAAACUCUACUGCCCCUGCCUAAACCUGCAUUAAGUCAAUUUCAUUCACCACCCUGUGCUCACUGACCUAUAUUGGCUCCCAGUUAAGCAAUGCCUAGACUUGGGAAAAAUCUCAUCCUUGUUUUCAGAUCCCUCCAUGGCUUCGCCAAUCCCACACCCUCCAAGAUAUCAGUAUUCCUCCAAUUCUUAUUGGUGACUGUCUUCAGCUGCUGAGGCCCUAAGCUCUAGAAUUCCUUCCUCAAACCUGUCCAUCUCUCUACCUUUCCUCCUUUAAAUGCUGCUUAAAACUUAAUUUAUCAUUUGCCCUAAUUUCACCUUAUGUGGUUUGGUGGCAAAUUUUAUUUGAUUAUGCUCCUGUGAAGCACCUUGGGAUAUUUUACCUUUUUAAAAAUUUAUUCUUCAUGGGAUAUGGGCAUAGCUGGCAAGGCCAGCAUUUGUUGCUCAUCCCUAAUAGCCCUUGAGCUGAGUGUCUUGCUGGGCCAUUUCAAGAGGGCAGCUAAGAAUCAACCACACUGCUGUGGGUCAGGAGUCAUGGGUAGACCAGACUGUGUAAGGACAGGACAGCAGACGGCACAUUAGUGGAACAGAUGGGUUUUUAAUGACAAUCGGUGAUAGUUUCAUGGCCACCAUUGCUGAGAUUUAAAUUACAUCAUCUGCUGUGGUGGGAUUUGUAAUCCAUGUCCCCCAGAGCAUGAGCCUGGGCUUCUGGAUUACUAGUCCAGUGAAACUACCACUACACUGCUGUCUUCCUUCACUAUGUUAAAUGCAUCACAUAAAUACAUGUUAUUGUUUAAGGUCUAAUGUGUGGUGUUGCUCAUCAGUGCAGAGUGCUGCCUGGGAAUCCCAUUGACACUAGAGAUGGACCAGUUAUGUCUGUUUGACAACAGGCUUCCAUACCACCAAACAAUACUGUUGAAACCCCUGUUAGUGCCAAGUAACUAAAAUAAGGAACAGCUGCUGCCACUGGCUAGUGCUGAUUGCCGAGUGCUAACUAAUGGCAUGAAUGACUUGUGAUGACUGGUGCAGCUAGCCCUUUUCCUUGCCUUCAAAGAGACCCACUGCUCCUCUCUGGUCAAUACUUACAUAUUUUAGGGUGGGGGGGGCUGGUUCUCAUCAGUGCCCUAUUUAAAACUUUUGGGAACGAAUCCCCAUUUCAGAAAUGUUGCUAUUGAAAACGGAAGUGGAGCUCCUGCUUCUUGCAGUAAUUUAUGUGUUUUUUGUAACUGAGCUUUAAGUUGUAGCUACACGAACACCUCCCUGCAGUAAGAGACUGAUUAAUAUCCUGGAUGUGAGAAAUUAAGCCUGUUGUCCAGUGACUGCAGCUCUGGUUUAUUUUUAGAGACUGUAAGUCAAAAUGUUACAGAUGCCCAACUGAAGAAUCUGCCUGAGGGGUAUAACGGAAUCUUCAUUCUAUUCUAACCCAACCAUCACUCCUAUUUUCAGCUCAAGAUUUCAUAGGGUGACAAGAAAUCUGCAGCUUAAGAGUAAUCUAAAUCAAGACCAUUUUGUUGAAAGCCCACAACAGUAUUUCCCUUGGGUGAAGAUAGAAAAAUUACUUAGAUUGCACCUAUCAAGUCUCAGAUAUAUUGAAAUGCAUUGAAUAUAGAUAAUUACUUUGCAGUACACCAACUGUUAAAUAUAUUGCAUAGAUGAUGAUUCUGGGAACAGUGGGAAGGGGAGGUGAGGGUCAAUGGGGAAGGGGUGUGGAACAUUGAGAGUGGAGAUGUGAGGGAGCAAGAGAUGGGAAGUUAGAUGAGAUGGAGGUGGAACAGGGACUGGGUAGGGGUGAGAAAUUCAAACAGCAGCUUGGUUGGAAACGUCAGCAGGGAUUUUCCUUUAACUUCAAACCAGCUUGGUUUGUUCCUACAGUCUAUGGAGAUUUUACUGUGUUUUUCCUUCGUUGUAGUGCAAUUUAUAUACUCGUCUUUAAAAAAAGAUACUCGCUCAACGAACCCAACCUUUUCCUAAUAUUUAUACAAUUCAGUAUGCAAGUUGCCAAAAUAUUGAGACGGCAUUAGAAAAGUUAAGAACAAGAAAAAUACUGUAUGAGUUUUGCUUUCAUGCACAGUGAAUAUGUUAAAUUAAGGAAUACUGUCGUGCUCAGUAAAUUAAGGAAUACUGUCGUGCUCAGUUAAAGCAUUUUGUUGCAUCAGUGGCCAUAAACUCCUUACUGCUGGCUAUGUUGCAGUAUUAUAUUACACUCGCUUAGCAUUACGCUUGCGUGUGUUGUUGCAUUAAAGUCGGCUGUGGAAACUACAAGUGCUACUUUACCAGUGUAAAUACUGGUGAUCUGUUUUGUAGAACAAUUUGGAGGAUGGUCAUAAUUUUUUUUCAGCUGCUUGUUUCCAGAACUUUGUACAAUGACAGUAAAUAGUGAUAAUGUAUAGUAUUUAAGCAAAAAAGGCAAACCUAUGUAUCCUGGUGUAAUAAAAAAAGUUCACCUGC